UAUACCCCUCUUUCACUGGCACUCUUUUUCUCUCUUCUCCUCAUUCACUUGGAUUUCUUUUGUAGAGAAGCCCAUAAAAGUUUGCGGCAUUUGCAUUUUUAUCACCAAAGGGGGAUGAUUUUCCAGUCUAGACAAGAUGGAAUGCAAUGGUGGAACUUCGGGCUUCAAUGAGAAGAGAACUUUGGAGAAUUCUACUCCUGCUAACGAAUUGAAAGGGCGAACAGAAAAUAACACCAAAACUUCUGUAUUUGUCAAUCAUGCUGCAAUUGCAUGGCAAGAGAGCAGAAGAAAAUGGAUUGGAGAUAUAUCUCAGAGGUCAGAAAGGAUGCCGAAGGAUCCAAUUAUAAGCUGGUCGAUGACCUACGAAGAUGUACUCUCAACUAAUGACCCUUUCUCCGAGCCAAUCCCUUUAUCAGAGAUGGUAGACUUUUUGGUGGACAUCUGGCAAGAUGAGGGUCUUUUCGACUAGAUUAUUGUAUUGUGGUUGUAUUCUGGAUCCUUCUUUUUCGCAGCAAUAUGGAUAUGUUUCAAGCCAUAACAUUGACUAUUACAGCAUCCUGCAAACAUUCAAUUUUCCAGUUUCGCCAUUUAUGGGUUUCAGCAAAAGUAGCUAUCUGGGGAUCAGAUCAAUUAGUUAAACAUUUAUAGUUGUAAUCUUCUAGUUGUUGGUGCAGCUUCUUAGAAUAUCGAAGAGUUACUACUAGAUUGUAUGUUAUGUCCAAAUCUUGAUGUAUCAUCGUAUUUUCACAUUCAUAAACCAAAUCGUUGCCAGCCUAUCAUUUGGAGAAAUUUUUAAUUUUCCUUUA